AUGUCCACACCGCCAAACUCACCGUGCAGUGAAGAUUACGACCCUCCCCUGAACGGCGGUAAAGCCUGCUCAGUGACGGAUGACACGACAGGAGCCAUGUUCUGUACUGUGUACUGUCGGGACGACAAGGAGUUCGCAGUAAGACCUGCCGAUGUCUACACGUGCCGGGCUGAUGGGGGCUGGUUCGCUGACUCUCAUCCUGUGGUUGGUCAGAAUAGUCCCUGGCCAGACUGCACAGGAAGGUAUCGUCCAGGACGCCCCCACAUGUUAGGAUCAGUCCAUUACUUCUCCAACACUGACUGUCUGACCAGUAUGGGUGAAAUCAUCUCCAACUUCCAACAGCUCUUCAGUCAGCUGCCGUCCUUUCAACCUGGUGGCUCUAUCACUAUCGAGCUUCAGAACGUUGAAGUGGAAUGUGGAGGGACAUCAAAACAAACCGAUGGAAUUAGAGGGCGGAACUUCGUCUCAAAACCUUAUAGAUCUGCAAACGGCUUCAUGGUAAGGUUCAAGGUAGUUGCCAGCAGCUCUCUGCAACCGGAUGUUACACAGACUGAGCAAUCUAAUCUAGUAUUUGCUCUCGACGAUAUUUAUUUUGAUAUCGAUGAAAAAGUUGGAAACCAGCAAUUUUACUUGAACAUCAACGGACAACAGGCCUCGGCCGACACAUUUGACAUCGGGUUUGCGGAGUUCGACCUCAACUGCACCCAGGGGCAACUGAGUUUUCAAGACAGCUUCGAGGCGUAUUGUCUUGACUGUCCCCCCGGCACGUUCCAUGACCUGACUACGGACACCUGUGAGUACUGCCCUGUUGGUGAGUACCAGGACCAGCCGGUACACACGGACUGUAAACAAUGUCCUCACAACACCUGGUCCGUGUUUCCUGGAGCAAAGGAGGAGGCUCAAUGCAUGUCAGUUUGCUUCGGCAAGGACGAUCUGUGCUCCAGCUGUACCCACGUCAAUGGACAACUGAUGUGCAAGUGUGAUGUUGGCUGGGCGGGGUCCCAGGACGGACUUACAUGUGGAGUUGAUGGAGAUCAAGACGGUUAUCCAGAUUUACAGCUGCCCUGCAACGACACCAGGUGUAACAAGGACAACUGCCCAGGUGUCCCUAACAGUGGUCAGGACGACAGAGACGGAGACGAAAUGGGAGACGUAUGUGACAAUGAUAUGGACAACGAUGGGUUACUUAAUAUCGAGGACAAUUGCCCGCUGCUAUUGACCAUGGACCAUACGGACAGUGACGGUGAUGGAGUGGGUGACGUGUGUGACAACUGUCCCACGGACAUCAACACUGACCAACGGGACACAGACGGGGACGGUGUGGGGGAUGUGUGCGACAGUGAUGCCGAUAGUGACGGGCUUCUUGACCACGAGGACAACUGCCCGUUUGUAGCUAACGUUCAGCAGGAAGAUUCUGACGGAGAUGGGAUCGGAGAUGUCUGUGACAACUGCCCAACGGUCGCAAAUGUCAAUCAGUUUGACCUCGAUGAAAAUGCCGUCGGCGAUGCCUGUACGGACAACGCCGACAGCGAUGCAGACGGGAUCCCGAACUCCUUUGACAACUGCCCUGACAUCCCCAACAGUCAACAACUGGAUACGGACAAGGACGGAGCAGGAGACCUUUGUGACGAUGAUGAUGAUGACGACACAAUACUGGAUGACGUAGACAACUGUCGUCUCGUUCCCAGUCUGGAUAAUAGAGACUUUGACGGAGACGGAGUAGGUGAUGUCUGUACCGGUGAUUUUGACAUGGACGGCGUGCCUGACGCUGAUGACGUGUGUCCUGAGAGUGGGGUCAUCGCCCGUACGGACUUCAGGAACUACCAAACCGUCAACCUGGCAGGCAGCACUGACAACCUUCCGGUUUGGGAGUUCCUUAAUGAGGGAAGUGACAUAAUCCAGAAGGUGAACAGUGGCCCAGGCCUUGUACUAGGUUCUGACUACUUCGGUAACUUGGACUACCGUGGAACCUUCUUUGUGAACACCCAGAUUGAUGACGACUUUGUGGGUUUCGUCUUCAGCUAUCAGAGCAACUCUCGGUUCUACCUGAUGUCCUGGAAACAGGCAGGGGACAGCAGCGGAGGACAGGCGGGGGUACAGCUGAAGUUGGUGAACUCCGUGACCGGACCCGGUCAAGCCCUGUCUCUUGCUCUUUGGAAGAGUGUGGAGGUUCCGGGACAGACCAAGCUUCUGUGGGAGGAUCCCAGCAAAGUGGGCUGGAGCUACAACACCGCCUACCGCUGGGAGCUGAAACACCGGGUGGACAUCGGAAUCAUCAGGUUCCGGCUGUACUCCGGCAGUCUCCUUGUGGUGGACUCCGGUGACGUUCUGGACGCCUCUCUCCGCGGAGGCCGCCUGGGGGUGUACUGUUACUCCCAGGAGAACGUCAUCUGGUCUGACCUCGUCACCAAGUGCGAUGGCAUCAGUACAGCCGCCUAAUUGGAGACAAACAUCCUAACAGGACUACUGAAGCUCGAUCGAGGCUGUGACUUUUAUCAGCUUUGCCAACAGGCAAUUCAAAUUGACUCGUCAUCUUCAUCAUCAUCUUGUCAAAUUGACACACUUCACCAGAAAGGCUAAUUAUUGCGUAUAAAUAGUAUUCUCAUUAACCCAAUAUCAGAAAACAUAUACUAAUAAAGUACAAAAAAACAUAUUCAAAAUACCUGACUGUGUCAAACGUUAUAUACGCUAUCAUUCCA